AUGGCUGGUAGAAGCGGGGCGGUCGCAAGCGGCAGAAGGGGCGGCCGUUCGGGACGAGCUACUGCUGCCCGGGCUGGCCAGGCCAAUGUAGCAGAAAAACAUUAUCUGGAAAUGUCGUCGCCAGCAUCCUCUCCAGCACCAAGCCCCCAGAAGCGAAACUCUCGAAAGGCCGCGCCUCGGGGCAAGUGGAGCGAGGAGCAGCUAUUUACGAGCGACAAGUCCGCCCUUAUCGAUGCCGAUCUAGUGAAGCUCCUAGCUAGACCUGAAGCAUGGGACAUUCUUGAAGAAGACGAGAAACGGGAGAUUCUAGCUCUCCUCCCCGCAGAUACCCACCCAGCUUCAGAGCUCCCAUCCGACGACCCCAACACGAAAAUCCCCCCACUCCCGGAAUCGUUCGUUCGAUACUCUAAUAACUGGCGCGAUGGCAUUCGUCAAUUCCAACUUGAUCUCGAGAACGGCCGGUUUGACCCAGAAUGGCUGCGCCAGGCUGAGCAGGCGCGACGGAAGCGAGAGAACGGUGAUUUUGACUCCUUUAAGGAGCGCGAGUUCGAGAAGUUCUGGGGACAAAAACAGAGGACCCGCGAUACUGCGGCGUCCGGCGAGAGUUCAAAGGUUAAGCUCACUCAGCUUAUUGAGGCGGGUGUCUUUUUGGUCGGCGAUGUCUGGCGGUUCUCCUACUGUUAUGGCAAAGGACAAGAUCGAUUGGUCAUCGAUAAAGAAGUCAGGAUACACGAAAUUGGUGACCGAAAGCUUUCGUUCGUGGUCCCUACAGGCCAGCGGGUCUUUCUACGCUCACCUGCGGUUACCGCAGAGCGAAAGGAGGAGUCUGGCCAGAAUGAUGGCGCUUGCACGAAAGGGCCUCAGGAAGCAGAAGUAUCAAGGAUCAAGACGCCCGAACUAGAAACUCUGAAGGAAGAGUCUCCGACGAAAGACAUUCCGGAGAAAGUGGAGCUUCAACCCAUGGAAGGUCUCCAGGAAACGAAUCAAAGCCUGAAAGUGGAAGACGCGUUUACAGAAACCAAGCAAGAAGACCUUGUAAACGGCGAGGCAAUGGAAGUAUCAGCCAACCUGGAAGCCAAGCCCCGCGACGAGAAUGGAUCGGUCCAAGUGGUGAUUGUUAGCCCACGGCAUGAUCUGGAUGCGGCCGAGAAGGGAUCCAAGCGACCGACACCCCUCCCUGCUGUUGAGCCUCCAGCAAAACGAAAGCGUGGCCGGCCGAGGAAGAUCCGACCUCCUUCACCUGCACCCGAGGCUGAAUUUGAGGUAGAAGCCGUGGCUGAACCUGAGCCUGAACCUAAGCUUGAGCUUGAGCGCCAGUCCGGAGUUCAGGUUGUUAUUGGUGCUGGCAGCCUUCCGCUCCCACGGACCGACAUCCUUUCGCAAAUCAUUAUGCCUGCUGUUAAUAAUCACGACGCCCUGGAUUUGGUCACUAACCCGAGAGAGGCAGAGCCCGAACCCGAAGAGAAUCGACCACCAUCGUCACUACUUUCAUCAGCCCGGCCAAUUUCUUCCCCACCAUCAACACUGUCGGAACCACCCGAAGGGCGCAUUGAUGACCUUAUGGAGGAGCGCAACGAAGAACCCACCAUGGAGUCCACCGAGGAGCUUGUCGAAAAGCCUAUCGAAGUACCAACCAACGAGCCUAUCGAAGAGCCCAUUCAUGAGUCUGUCGAAGAGCCAAUUCACGAGCCCACCAGAGAGCUCAUUGAAGCGCCCGUCGAAGCGCCCGUCGAAGCGCCCAUUGAAGAGCAAACUCCAGCACAGAUCGAAGAGAACGUCGCAGCACAGACCGACGAGCCUACUGAAGAGCCCACACAACCCCCAAUCGAGGCGCAGACUACUACCGAGGAACCAGACGAGAUUAUCGUAUCCGACAUCUCAUCGCCGAUGACCCUGGUCUACAAAAUUCUCCAGAUCGAUGGCCGCAGGCCAGAUGGCCGUACAGCAAAUUCAUGGAAAGAGAUUCGGUGUUAUCGCAAGAAUCAGGACAUGGGAAGUCUCUUCGACGUGAGACUAGCUUGGUUCCUCAAGCAGAAGUGA